AUGCCACCACUGUGCAGCCUUCCUGAGCCGAUAGCCAUCGUUGGCAGUGGCUGCAGAUUCCCUGGGCAGAGCAAUUCGCCGUCAAAGCUCUGGGAGCUGCUACGGGAGCCAAAAGACCUACAGACCGAAAUUCCACCCAACCGUUUCAAUCCUGAUGGCUUCUACCACCCAGACAAUCUUCAUCAUGGCACCAGCAAUGUUCGCCAUUCCUACCUACUGGAGGAGGACUACCGUGUUUUUGACGCGCAAUUUUUUGGAAUCAAGCCUGCCGAAGCCAAUUGUAUUGACCCUCAGCAUCGCCUACUCCUCGAGACAGUCUAUGAAUCGGUUGACUCCGCUGGUUUGCGGCUGGAGGACCUCCGGGGUUCAGAAACAGCAGUCUAUGUCGGGUUGAUGUGGGGGGACUAUGCCGAUAUGAUCGGCCGGGAUCCUGAAUCCUUCCCCAUGUACACUUCCACCGGAACCGCUCGAAGCAUCAUCUCGAACCGGAUCUCUUAUUUCUUUGACUGGCAUGGGCCGUCUAUGACGAUUGACACGGCAUGUUCGUCUAGUCUGGUAGCGGUCCAUGAAGCUGUGCAAACACUUCGUGCCGGCCGCUCUAGGGUUGCUGUAGCUGCUGGGUCAAACCUCUGUCUAGUGCCAGAGCCGUAUAUUGCGGAGAGUAAACUUCAAAUGCUUUCCCCAACCGGAAGAAGUCGUAUGUGGGAUGCCAAGGCGGAUGGAUAUGCUCGUGGAGAAGGUGUCGCCGUUGUAGUGCUCAAAACCUUGAGUGCUGCUUUGGAAGAUGGCGAUCACAUUGAGUGUCUUAUUAAGGAGACGGGCGUGAACCAAGAUGGUCGCACCAAUGGCAUUACUAUGCCCAGCUCUACGGCACAGACAGCAUUGAUCCGUGCCACUUACGCCAACGUGGGACUAGAUCCCCAAAAGAAAGAAGACCGCUGCCAAUUCUUUGAAGCGCAUGGAACGGGGACACCGACGGGCGACCCCCUGGAGGCAGCCGCCAUUAGCAAUGCUUUUUUUCCUGCAAGAGGAGAAGAAAAUGAUCGACUCUACGUCGGUUCUAUCAAGACAGUGGUCGGCCACACAGAAGGAACGGCAGGUCUAGCCGGUGUGUUGAAGGCAUCAUUAGCUCUUCAAAAUCGCACUAUUCCCCCGAAUCUUCUUUUCAAUCAACUCAACCCCAAGAUCGAACCCUUUUACACCAACCUGGAGAUAACUACAACGGCGAAGCCCUGGCCAGUACUGCCGUCGGGUGUACCGCGCCGGGCGAGUGUAAACAGUUUCGGCUUUGGAGGAACCAAUGCGCAUGCAAUCUUGGAGGCAUAUGAGCGUCCUGUCGUCCCGCGGGAUCGAGAUCAGGUCAACUUCACGCCAUUCAUCCUCUCUGCCACUUCUGAGGCCUCUCUCACCCGAAAUUUGACAUCGUUCGCGGAAUAUCUCCAGGAAAACCCCGCGGUGAAUAUCCGAGAUGUUUCCUGGACGCUGUACUCGCGCAGAUCUCGUCUCGCUUUCUCCACGAUUGUCGCUGGUGCAACGACAGAACGCCUACUGGCCAACAUUCAAGCCCGCCUUGAGGAAACAGACGCUAAAGCCCCCCUCGCUGUGAGACACCACCAGUCUCAAACGGAGAACCCUCGAGUACUCGGAGUCUUCACAGGCCAAGGUGCCCAGUGGGCCACGAUGGGACGCGAGUUACUGAAGUCGGCCAAGGUCCGAGAGAUUGUGCAGGGCUUGGAUCUUGCUCUCCAACGUCUUCCAAGCAACGACCGCCCGAGAUGGACUUUGUUGAAGGAGUUUAUGACCGAUGCGUUGGCGUCGCGCAUCAAGGAGGCCGAGAUCUCCCAGCCAAUGUGCACGGCGGUGCAAAUUAUCCUAGUGCAGCUGCUGCGUGGUGCUGGUGUCACCUUGGAUUCGGUAGUUGGCCACUCCUCCGGGGAGAUUGCUGCGGCCUAUGCAGCCGGGUUUUUCUCCGCAGACGAUGCCAUCUGUAUAGCCUACUAUCGUGGGUUGUGCUCUCGGUCGGCUCGAGGCCCCGAUGGACAGAAAGGAGCCAUGAUGGCCGUCGGAACCUCCCUUGAAGAUGCUCUUGAGCUCUGCAAGGAGCCUGAGUUCCACGGACGGAUUUCGGUGGCCGCAGUCAAUUCCUCGGCCAGUGUCACACUGUCCGGUGAUGCCGAAGCAAUUGAGCAAGCCAAAGCCGUUUUUGAUGAAGAGAAAAAGUUCGUUCGCAUAUUGGCCGUGGACAAGGCCUAUCACUCCCACCACAUGAGAGCCUGCUCCGAUCAAUAUAUUUCCUCCUUGAAAAACUUGAAUAUCAAAAUCGGCCAUCCGCCACCCUCAGCCCCCGUCUGGUACUCCAGCGUGCGGGAAGGGAACAUAACAGUCGCAGGAGCGCUCGAUCUUGCAGACACAUACUGGAGCGAUAACAUGGUCCACCCAGUCCUCUUUGCUCAAGCGGUUGAAAGCGCCACCGCUGGCCAUGGCCCGUUUACUUUAGCAAUUGAAGUGGGACCUCAUCCUGCCCUGCGUGGCCCAACUUUGCAGAUAAUACAAGACUUGCUUGACGCGUCCUUGGACUACACAGGGACGUUGCAGCGAGGCUCCCAUGAUCUCGAAGCGAUGAGUGGUUGCCUAGGAUACCUAUGGCAGACGCUGCCGCCGUCCAGUGUGGAUCUGUGUAGGUACGAUGCGCUACUAUCGGAUGGGUCUCAACCGCAAAUUGUCAAAGACAUGCCUUCGUACGCUUGGGACCAUGAUCGCAUAUUCUGGUACGAAUCGCGGCUAUGGAAGGCGACCAGGAGUAGAUCGACUCCAGUCCAUCCCCUCCUGGGCUCUCGGUGCCCGGAUGGAGUGGAGCAAGAAUUCCGCUGGCGGAAUUUCUUGAGCCCCCGUGAGGUCCCUUGGCUCUCAGGCCAUCAGAUUCAGGGACAGAUGGUUUUCCCUGGGGCUGGCUAUGUAUCUUCGGCGGUGGAAGCAGCGAAGAAUAUGGCGCCCAACGAGACUAUUCGGCUGGUCGAGUUGGAGGACCUAGUCAUCCGCCAGGCGAUGAUCUUCGACAAUGAAAGUUCAUCCGUGGAGACGCUUGUUUCUAUCACAAAUAUCAUCCACAAACAGAAGGACACGGUGCUGGCCAACUUCGCCUUCUACUCUGCCGUCGGGCAGGAGUCGACCGCCAUGACCAUGAACGCUUCAGGACGUCUCAUAAUCACCUACGGCACCCCCACUCCAGAUGCGCUACCGGUGCGGCGACCAUCCCUUGUCGAUAUGAUUGAUGUUCCUAGUGAAAGGUUUUACAACUCGCUGGACCCUAUCGGAUACAGCUAUACGGGCCCAUUCCGAGCGCUAACCGACAUGAAGAGGAAACUGGGUAUCGCGACAGGUUUUGUCAACCGAGAACCUACCCCCGAUUCAGCCUCUCUGACCUUGCACCCGGCCAUGCUAGAUGCGUCCAUUCAGGCCGUUUUGCUUGCCAAAAGCUUCCCCGGUGAUGGGCAAUUGUGGUGUCUUCAAGUUCCCAAGGUGAUCCGGCGGGUGGCUGUGAAUCCAAGCUUGUGUGUCUCAUAUGACCCAAUUGUGCAGACUGCUUUCCAGCUUGAUGCUGUGUUAACUCAAAUGGAGGCUUCUGACACCUUGGGUGAUGUUGAUAUCUACUCUCCGGAUGGUCAGCACACGCUUGCCCGCAUGGAAGGCAUACAUGCUGUGCCUCUUGAAGCUGCUAGCGCUGCCAGUGAUCGGCCAUUUUUCAGCUCAAUGGUCUGGAGCCCUUCAUCGCCAGAUACAGAGUCGGUGACCUUUGCUGGGAAAGCCACCAACGAGGACUAUGAGCUCGCCUAUGUCCUGGAAAGAGUGUCAAUAUUCUAUCUCCGCCAACUCCAUCUUAAAUUUCCCGCCACUCACCAAGCUCGUCACGAGGGUCCCUACCUCGGCCUGCUUCGAUUUGCAUCCCAUGUUUCUGGCUUGGUUGAGAAUGAUCGGCACCGUUACGCUCAACGGAGCUGGAUCCAUGAUACUCACGCCGUAAUUAUGCGUGAAAGCCAAAGGUUCCCCGACAAUGUCGAUCUUGCUGUGAUGCAGAUCAUUGGGGAACACAUGGCGAAAGUCAUCGAGGGUCAAUCCACCAUCCUGGAGUAUCUCACAAAGGACAACCUCCUGAGUAGAUACUAUGAAGAAGCCAUGGGAAUUGGCUACUUCAGUGAUUACCUUGCUGGUGUAGUAGCUCAGAUUGUGCAUCGUUAUCCCCACAUGAGAAUCCUUGAAAUCGGUGCUGGUACCGGUAGUGCGACGAAGAAAGUCAUCAGCACCGUUGGUCGUAGCUUUUCUAGCUAUACAUUCACUGAUAUAUCCAACGGGUUCUUUGAGAAUGCCAGGGAACUGUUCUCUAGCCAUUCCGGCCAGAUGCUCUUCAAAGUCCUCGACGCAGAGAAGGAUAUUACUUCUCAAGGGUUCCAUGAAGAAUCCUACGACGUCAUUGUUGCAUCCUUUGUCCUGCAUGCGACUUCGAGAUUGGAACACACCCUGAAUAACAUCCGACGCCUGCUGAAACCCGGGGGGUAUUUGGUCAUGCUAGAGGUCACCAACCUGGAGCAGUCACGUCUAGGAUAUAUAUUUGGAUCGUUUCCCGGCUGGUGGCUCGGUGCUGACGAUGGCCGGGUACUCUCCCCUUGCGUGACCACGGACGAAUGGGAUCGGUUACUGCGCAAGACUGGUUUUUCUGGGAUUGAUAGUAUUACACCAGAUGCGGAUGCACUUCCAUUCCCGGCGUCUGCCAUCGUCUCCCAAGCGAUCGAUCCCACUGUCCAGUUCCUCCGCGAUCCCCUGGAAUCUAGCGGUGAGUUCCUAGAUUCCAAAACGGAUAUUCUAGUCGUUGGCGGCGCCUCAGAUGCAGUGCAUAACGUGCGCAAGGAAAUUCUUUAUCAUCUUAAAUCCCGUUUCGAUCAUGUAUCGGUUAUAGACUGUCUGCAAGAUCUCAGCAAAGCACCCACUUCCUCCGGAUACUUUACGCUGAAUCUUUCGGAUCUAGACGAGCCUGUCUUCAAGAACAUGACCGCAGAGGCGUUGGCUGGUCUGAAGCUCAUCUACGAACGAUCAGCUUAUCUUCUUUGGGUGACUGAGGAUUCUCGCGCUGGGAAUAUUCACCAAAAUCAGAGCCUUGGCUUUGGUCGCUCAAUGACCGUUGAAAUGCCCCAUGUUCAAUCCCAAUUCCUAGAUUUGGACUCGGUGAGUUCGUCUGGAGCUGCCCUAAUUAUUGCACGAGCUAUCCUGCGCUUUAUCGGUGUGAACAUAUCAGACAAUCCCGAGCGAGCAAAUAGGCUGCUCUGGAGCACCGAGCAAGAAUUGGCUGUGAUCCGAGAUAAGGAGUUCAUUCCACGUAUCCUACUCAAUAAUGCCCAAAAUCUGCGGUACAAUGCAUCGAGGCGAGCAAUUGCGGAAGAGGUCGACCUCCGCUCCAAGAUUGUGACGGUAAAGGGGAAUGCGGGGGCUUAUGUCGUUGAACAUGGCUCUGAGUAUGACUCUCCCGCUACUCCCCCAGGCUCGAAAAGAAUUAGUGUCGAGGCAUCUUCUCUAAAGGCGGUCCGUCUACUUAGCGGUAAUGAUCUAUAUUUGGUCGCCGGCACAGUUGUUGCAACGGGUGAGAAAGUCUUUGGUUUUGCUGCAAGGAACUCUUCAGUGGUCGACAUUCCCAGCAGCUGGACCAUUCCUAGCGACGACUCCCCCACGAAGUUGCUACCGUUCGCGGCCGCCCAUGCUGUUGCGCGCUCCAUUGUAUCGUCUGCCCACAGCCAUACAGCACUGAUCGUGAUUGAGCCUGAGAAGGUCGUUUCAUCGGCACUAGCAUUCCAUGCCUCUCAGAGAGGCUUACGCAUUAUCUUCUUGACCUCAGAUGGGAAUCACAUGCAGCCAUCCUGGAUUGUUGUGCAUCCGCACACUCACGUACGAUCAUUGCAACAGUUACUGCCCAACGAGCCGGUGAUGGUCCUGGACAUGCGACCCGGCGCUGAGGGCAGCAGCCUGACGUUGAAGCUUCGCUCGGCAUUGCACUCGUCGUCUACCUUUGAGCGGCUCGCUAAUUUCUGCAGCGAUACCGUGCGAAGUUCAGAGGAGCACAUCCCUACUGAGACUAUACAGAUGAUAGCCACGGAGAGACACCAUGAUGCCGCUACCAUGAGACAAGCAGAGCAGGUCUUCAUCCCACUCCAGGAUAUCAGUAGCCUAUCUCUGAACCAAUCUGCAUUCUCCUUCAUCGACUGGACAUCCACUUCAACGGUUUCUUCCCUGAUUCGCAGGGUUGACCAUUAUCCCUUUUUGCGCAAUGACAGGACAUACUGGCUUGUCGGUCUGACGGGAUCCCUGGGUUUGUCCCUUUGUCAAUGGUUGAUUUGGCAAGGCGCCAUGAACGUGGUACUGACUAGCCGAAACCCCAACAUCGAUCCUACAAUUCUCCAGGAGCUCAGAACCUCUGGAGCUAGAGUUGAAGUAUAUGCCGGCGACGUGACGGACCGAGAGAGUCUGCGGUCAGUAUAUGACCGCAUCUGUCGGAAUCUUCCCCCAAUUGCUGGAGUGGCUCAGGGAGCGAUGGUGCUGCAAGACACCAUGGUUAAGGACAUGGACAUCGAAGCUAUGCAAAAGGUGUUGAAACCGAAGGUGACCGGCAGCAUUCAUCUGGAUGAGUUGUUCUCCCACAUCCAUCCUCUAGACUUCAUGAUUUUCUUCUCCUCUGCAACUUGCGUCACAGGUAAUAUCGGCCAGUCCAACUACGCCGCUGCCAAUAUGUUCAUGACCGCACUAGCAGCGAACCGCAAACAGCGCGGGCUAGCAGGUUCUGUCAUAAAUAUUGGAGCGAUCAUGGGAGUCGGCUAUGUCACUCGUGAAACGAGCGAGGCGCUGCAAAGAAAUCUUCUGAAGAGUGGUCAUGUGUGGAUGUCAGAAGGCGACUUCCAUACAAUAUUCGCAGAGGCUAUCCUCGCUGGGUCUCCUAGUUCCAACGCCACGGUGGAGCUCACAUGUGGGCUGCGUAUUAUCAGAGAUGUUGAUGAGCAGCGUCCGUUAUGGUCAUACAGCCCGAAAUUCCAGCAUCUAGUCGUUCUCGACGAGUUGUCCACAGAAACCGAUGGCGACUCCAAGAGGCAGAUGCCGCUUCGACUACAGCUUCUUGAGGCAAGAACAGCUGAUGAGAUCUCCAAGAUUGUUCAAGAAUCUUUCUUUGCUAAGCUCCAGAUUAUGCUGGGUUUGCAUGAUGUGGCCAGCAGUUCUAUCCUCGAUAAAGCUGCAGAUGAGCUUGGAAUCGAUUCAUUGAACACUGUCGAAAUCAGAUCCUGGUUCUUGAAGGAACUGAAAGUUGACAUCCCGGUACUACGCAUUUUGGGAGGUGCCACCAUUGACGACAUUCUCCACUUCGCCUUAGAUAGGCUUCCUACCGAGAUGACCCCAAACAUUGGAGCUGCUCCUGUGCCGCGGGUUGGUGAGGCUGUUGUUAGACAGCAAUCUGAGAUUCAAUCCCGGACUUCGGAACGGAAGCUUGGCAGUAUUCCCAAGUUGGCUAGUUCUGCGGACCCUGUUGCUCGGCCAAGACCCGGUGGACCUGGACGGACUGUCUCCUCAAAGUCUCUUUCGAAUGGCCAAAGUUCAUCUACGCGGGCAAGCACCACCUCCAGUCUCGUUGAUAUAUCCCGAGGCGAGGACACUUCAUCCGGGUCCUUCAGCAUCAUCGAAACGCCUUCAUUCAGUGAAGAUGAGCAUAAUUUGCCGCUUCCGGAUAACCCGAGCCAGGCCAAUCUCCUGAAGCAGCCGGGCGACAGUGUCCACUCGGCGUUACGGAAGGAGCCACUCUCCUUUGCACAAUCUCGUUUCUGGUUCCUCCGCUUAUACCUUGAGGAUCAGACUACCUUUAAUAUCACUUGUUCAUUACGAAUCCAGGGCGCCUUUUCAGUUGAUGCCCUUGAGCGAGCAGUUCAAGGGGUGGGCCAACGACAUGAAGCCCUAAGAACAUGCUUUUCUGCGGAGGAUGGAGAAUCACCUACGCAAAUCAUCCUGCCACACUCAACGUUGUCUCUGGAAAGGAAGACUUAUCACACAAUGUCUGAAGUUGAGGCUACUAUGCGAGAGGUUAAGAAUCACAUCUACGACCUUGAGCAUGGACAGCUAAUGAGGGUGCUUCUGUUGUGCCCUGCGGUGUUGGCAACACCCCUGGUGCACUUCCUGAUAAUUGGAUACCACCAUAUCAACAUGGAUGGUGUUAGCCUGGAGGUGAUUCUCUCUGAACUGCAAAACACCUACGAAGGACGUUCUCUCAGUACGCGAGUACUUCAGUACCCCGAUUACGCGGCCAAACAACGUCAGCAGCGAAAUAACGGCUCGUGGAAUGAAGACUUGGCCUUCUGGAGAGAGAGAUUUCCCGAACCCCCAGCGGACUUUCCAUUACUGCCUUUCGCGUGUGUAUCUGACCGCCAAGCUCUGUUACGAUAUGGUCAUCACCGAGUGCAACAACGCCUGAACCCAAGUCUAGGAAGACAAAUCCGCCAGUUUUGCCAAUCUGUCAAAUGCACGCCUUCGCAUUUCUAUCUUGCAGCAUUCCAGGCACUGCUCUGUCGACUCGCUGAGACCCAGGAUAUCUGCAUCGGCAUGGCUGAUGCCAACCGUAUUCAGGUAGAAGCAGCUGACAGCGUGGGGCCAUACUUGAAUCUGCUCGCCCUACCUUUGCACUAUGAUGCCAACACGCCUUUCGUUGAGUUAACUCGAUCAGCUCGUAAGAAGGUCUACAGUUCUUUAGCUCACUCACAGGUGCCAUUCGAUAUUCUGCUAUCCGAACUCAAGGUUCCGAGAUCGCCAUCCCAUAACCCGUUGUUCCAAGUUUUCAUGGAUUAUCGGCAGGAUGUCCGCGAGAAACGGCAGUUCGGAGAAUGUCUAUUCGAAGGUCUAGAUUAUGAAAUGGGUCGAACAUCCUACGAUGUUGCUUUGGAUAUUGUCGACAAAGUGGAAGGCGAGCCAUUGGUCAUUCUUGGCCUCCAGCAAUCCCUAUACAGUACCGAAGCAGCUGAGACUCUUCUGAACGCCUUUCUAAACAUGGUCGCAGUCUUUGCCAAUGAUCCAUCUACCCCCGUGGGCCAGGCGUCUAUAUUCGCUGUAAAGGAUGUUCAAAGGUCCCUUGCACUCAGCCAAGGCCCGACAGUGCCCAGCCGAUGGCCAGCAACGCUCCCCCAUCGUAUUGACACGAUGGUGCAACGGUUCCCCAAGAAACUUGCUUUGAAAGACGGCCUCAACAACCGAUUCACUUUUGAGGAAAUGAGUCAACGAAUCGACUCAAUUGCGUUCGCUCUGUUAGGCGCCAACGUCAGCCGUGGCCAACGUGUGGGUGUGUUUCAGCAUCCAACGGCCGACUGGAUCUGUUCUAUGCUGGCCAUUCUGCGAGUGGGAGCUACUUAUGUUCCGCUCGAUCUUCGGCUCGAAAUUCCACGUCUCAAAUCGAUCUGUGAUGACUGUAAGCCUAUGGUCCUUCUCGUGGACAAUGAGACGAAAGAUCAAGUGGACGAAUUGGGGUGUUCGAACGCACUGUCAAUGAACAUCUACGAUUUACCAAUGUCCUUCCCUAUCCCUGUCGUCAAUCGUGCCGUCUUGGAAGAUCCAGCCGUGAUAUUUUAUACUAGCGGUUCGACUGGUGCUCCCAAAGGCAUUGCAUUGACCCACGAGAACCUGCGCGUCAACGUCGAAGGAAACCAGGAGGAGUUCCGACUCUGGCCGCACGAUCACCUGCUGCAGCAAAUUGCUUUCAGCUUUGACUUUUCGGUAUGGCAGGUGUUCAUGGCGUUGGCAAACGCCGCUUCGCUUUUCAUUGCCCCGCUGUCUAAACGUGGUGAUCCGGUGGCCUUGGUGGAAUCGAUUCUUACGGAGGGUAUCACCGUCGCAGGGGCCACUCCUUCCGAAUAUCACAGUUGGUUUAUGCACGGUGAUUUGUCGGGUCUCAAGAAGUCCAAAUGGAGGACUGCGGUCAGUGCAGGGGAGCCGAUGACUUCGAGCAUGAUUCAUGAUUUCCAAGAGUUGAACAAGCGGGAUCUUCGACUUUUCAACGGGUACGGCCCAACCGAAGCCAGCAUGUCUUCCAACAAACUGCAAGUGCCGUACCUCCGCAGCAAAACCCAGAGUCCACAGGAGUGGAUGCACCGUGGGUCGGUCGUCGCCGGAUACACGGCCCCGAAUUACUCCAUCUACAUAGUCGACGAAGCGCUCAACCCCGUUCCCGUUGGUAUUCCAGGCCAGAUACUUAUUGGUGGUCCUGGGAUCGCGCAUGGGUACUUGAACAACGAGGAUCUAUCACGCAGUCGCUUCAUGGAGGACCGAUUCGCCACGGCCGAACAAAAGGCUCAAGGAUGGCGACGGGUUCACCUCACCGGCGAUCGCGGGCGAAUCCGGCCAGACGGACAACUUCAAAUCGAGGGUCGGAUUAACGGGGACACCCAGGUGAAGUUGCGCGGCUACCGCGUCGACUUGCGCGAUAUCGAAACGGUGAUCCUUCAAUCAUCGCAAGGGAUGCUUAAGGAGGCCGUCGUCACUCUCUAUACAGGCUCCAAUACCAACACGGAACUGCUGGUCGCUUAUGUGAUUUUCCUUGCCGGAUAUCCUGUGGAGCAACGCAAGCAAUCCUUGCGGGAACUUAGCAAAUCUCUGCCUCUGCCUCGUUACAUGUGGCCGUCCAUGGUGCUCCCCGUGGAUGACAUGCCAGUCACAGCCCACGGCAAGCUUGACCGCAAGGCCUUGAGCACUCGAAGCCUUCCGCAGACCGAGGCAGAAUCGGUGGGUCUCACCUCGCAGCUCACGGGAACAGAAGCCCGGCUUGUCGAGCUUUGGCGGUCGGUCAUCUCGAAGGAUGUUAUCGCCAUCCAUGGACUAGAGCCCGAGUCCGACUUUUUCGCGGUUGGAGGCAACUCCAUGCUGCUCGUGGAGUUGCAGCGGCAGAUCAAAGUGGAGUUCCGCACGGAAAUUCCGCUAGUGCAGCUAUUCGGAGCGACCACGGUGCAGAAGAUGGCUCUCCUCCUCGACCCGUCGACCGAUGCGGCGAAAAUUGCCGCUGGUCCCGUUGCUACAACGGCAGCAGCGCCCAUCAUUUGGGAGCAGGAAAUUCAGCUUCCCGACCAGCUUCAGCUGUCAACACCGAUGGCCCCUACAACUCGAUUAGAGAAUCUGAAAGGGCUCUGCAUUGUGCUCACCGGUGCCACUGGAUUUAUCGGGCGAGCUCUCCUCCAGCGGCUGGUGGAAGACCCGGCCGUAGCCACCGUUCACUGCAUUGCCGUCCGGGUUACGAGCACUCGGCGCCCUCCUCUGGUCACCGCAGGCAAGAUUAUUGUGCACUACGGGGAUCUUACGCUGCCGAGGUUGGGACUUGUAGAAGCCCAAGCCACCGCGAUCUUCAAUGAUGCUGACGCGGUGAUCCACAACGGAGCCGAUGUCAGCUUCCUCAAGAAUUAUCCGGCCCUUCGUCGAGCCAACGUGGAUUCGACCAUCGAGUUGCUCCAGCUGGCGUGGCCGCGCCAGGUGCCAGUCCACUACGUUUCCACCAGCGGCGUCGCCAAUUUCACCCAAUCCUCGACUUUCGCAGAGGUCUCCGCUGCCAGCGUCCUACCUCCGACCGAUGGAUCCCAGGGAUACUUGAGUUCCAAGUGGGCCAGCGAGCGCGUGCUCGAAGAGGCGAACCGGAAAGCGGACUUCCCCGUCUGGAUACAUCGCCCUUCCAGCGUCACUGGCGAGGGAUCAUCCCCCUUGGACUUGAUGGACAAUCUCCUCGAGUUCUCUAGGAAACUACGUGCGGUUCCUCUCCCCGCGAAGUCCUCGUGGCAGGGCUAUCUCGACUUUGUGCCUGUGGAACAGGUGGCUCGGGAUAUUGUACGCGAGAUUCUGGCACCUCGGGAUCCCUCUCCCUUGAAUCAGGUACGGUACCUUCACCAUCUUGGGGAGCAGAUCCCACUACAUGGAAUACAACGAUACUUGGAGAAGGGUACGGGUGCAUCGUAUCGGGCAUUACCCAUGGGGGAGUGGUUGAAGGAGGCCCAGCAGGCAGGCCUCAGUGCACUGUUGGUCGAGUAUCUUGGUCAGAUGGAUAGACCUGACGUCAAAGUGGUGUUCCCACGGUUGGUGGCACGUCCACGACUUACAUCGGGAGGGCUGACGCGGCAAGGUUCUUGGGUGUCUAAGGGGGUAGCUAUGUUGCUGACGUGGUAA